AUGAGGCUUCUCUUCGAAAAGGUCCGACGCCUGGAAAGCGAACAACAACGCAGCCAUCAACCCCUCUGGGCAAAACCACGACCAGGGCCCUUUACCGAACGCAUCCUCCACUACCACCAGGAGAAAGAUAUCCAGCCCCUCCGCAUCGCUUUCUACACUGGCACGGAGGACCCUCUCACCCACAUCCACUCCUUCCAGUCUGCCCUUGGGUGCAAAGGCCUCACUGAUGAAGGCAUGUGCCUCUUUUUCCCUUCCACCCUCAGCGGCGCGGCCCUGAAUUGGUUCUACAGGCUCCACCCCCGCACCAUCAACUCCUUCGAUAGUCUCAAGCAGACGUUCCUGGACCAUUUUAUGAUCCAGACUGAUCGCCUAUACUCUGCCGACAACUUGUAUAUGCUUAGGCAGGCUGAGGACGAACCCCUUCGGGAAUAUGCAGCCCGCUUCAGUCAUGAAUACUCCCGUUGCCCAGACACUGACGAUCGCGCUGCCUUCGGCGCUUUUAAGAGCGGCCUCCGCGAGUCCAACUUCCGCUACCUGGUCCAUAGCAACAGUUGGAACACAUAUGCAGAGCUGAUGAAGCAGGAAGCAGUCCAUGCUAAGGCCGAAUACUUCAAUACCAAGCGUGGCCCAGCUAACCUGAUGCGCAACGCUUUCGCUGAUCCUCCACCUGCUUCAGCACCCGCCCCAGCCCCACCUCAGCAUUCUACCCCUGCCCCGAGUACUCAGGACAACCAGCAACAUAAGCGGAAGGAUAGCUACCAGCAUCCCUUCGGUAAUAACAAACGUGGCAGACAUGGCAACCACCACCACUCUAGCGGAGGCAACCCUCCUAGGCCUGCUGAUCGGGCCCCACUUCCAUUCACACCCAGGCCCAGGUUCGAGGUAUUUACCACCCUCAACACCACCUAUGAGAACGUCCUGGUGCGUGAAGCCCCCAUCAUCCCCAAGCCACCCCCCCAGAGACCAUCCAACAAGCCAAUGCCAAACACGGGGGUCUUCUGCCGCUUUCAUCAAUUCAGCGGCCAUGACACCGAGUCUUGUGUUGCGUUGCGCAACAUAAUUGAAGGGCUCAUCAGGGAGGGUAAGCUGGACAACUAUGUGCGCAACAUACCAGCCCCGCCUAACCCUCACCAACGACAAAUCAACAUGAUCUCCACCAUCAGCGGAGGUCCUACCCUGGCUGGCACCUCCAACAAUUCCAUCAAACAUUAUGUCCGCUCCACCUAUGCGCACCAGGUCUUCACCACCGAGCAGGGACGAUUGCCAAAGACCCACAGGACUGGCUGGGCCCCCAUUACCUUCUGCGAGGAGGAGGAGCGUGGUGUUAUCCUCCCCCAUGACGAUCCACUCAUUAUCCGGGCUGACAUUUCUAACUUCGACGUUGGGCGUAUCCUGGUAGACACUGGCAGCUCGGUCAGUGUGAUGUUUGCCGAGUGCUUCAAUGAACUCCAGGUCCCGCCUCACCUACUCGACCGAAGCAUCACACCCCUUGUGAGCUUCUCGGGUGAUGUGGUCCAGCCCAUCGGCAGCAUUCAUCUCCCCAUCUCAAUUGGGGCCGCACCCCAGCGGACGACGAUCACCACCCCCUUCCUUAUCGCCGAUUGCCCCACAGCCUACAACGUCAUCCUCGGCCGCCCAGCCUUGGCCCAAAUGAAGGCUUUUAUUUCCACGCAUAUGCUGUUGUUGAAGUUUCCCACUCCUAAUGGCCCAGGCACGGUGCGCGGCGACCAACUCGGAGCCCGAAGCUGCUAUGCUUCAGCCGUCAAGCCCUAG